ACAAAACCCUCUAACCCUCAUCUCGAAGUGCACAUUUUGAAUUCCUUUGUCCGUCAUGGUGCUGUGGUCGCUCGUCGCUCUCCUCUGCGUCUCCGGCAAAGGGGUGGUGGUAGAGGAAGAUCAACCCAGAGACGAGGUGCUGUCCUGGGUCAAGCUCAAACUCCUGGAGGGCCUGGGGGUGGAGGAGGUGCCGCAGGUUCCGGCGUCCGACGAGGAGAGGAGGAAGCUGGGAAGAAGCGUGCUCCAGACCAGGGCAGAGAGGCUGGAUUAUGGAAGUGUGGAGCAACAAGAUGAUAUGCAACUUAUUCUGUUUGCAAGUUCUGAACACUCCUGUGCCAAGUCUGACCCGGGACACCCCUCCUCCUCCUCCCCCCUCAGCCCCUUCACCUUCACCUUUCACCCGUCCAUAGACCCGCACGUGUCCUCGGUCACAUCCGCGCAGCUCUGGUUCUUCUCCGGAUUAGACCUCCCUCUGAACUCCUCCGCGCCCUUGUCCGUGCUCACCUCCGGGCCCCAGCCUCUCCUCUCGGCCUCCCCCGCCCCCGCGCACCGCUCUCAGGACGGGUGGAGCACGUACAACUUGAACCAGGACGCGCUAAAAACAAUUGGACACGGCGCGUUUUCGCUCGAGAUCGACUGUCCAGAAUGCAUAUGCAAUGAUGACGAAGACAAGCUGCCUUUUUUGAGUUUAAACAUCAAAAACCACGUGCCAAAACGGAAAUCUAGAAGUGUAGGGAUGCCUUGGUCGCCGUCUGAGUUGGAUUUGCUACAACGCCCCUCGCUGGAGACGCUGGGGGACUGCAGCCGUGCGCGCGUACAGAUAAGUUUUGAGGAGUUGGGGUGGGAUAAUUGGAUAGUUGACCCGAAAACGUUGGAUUUCUACUACUGCCAGGGGAACUGUUCUUCUCCGGAGAGGGCCGCGGCGCGUCUGGGUAUGGUCCAGUGCUGCGCGCCGGUGCCGGGGAGGAUGAGGUCCGUGCGCAUCACCACCACGUCAGACGGAGGCUAUUCUUUCAAGUACGAGACCCUGCCUAAUAUUAUACCAGAGGAGUGUGCGUGCAUAUGAAAGCGUUACAAUGAAUAGAGGAGAGUUUGUAGAUGAUUACACAAAUAUUAAACUAUAGAAAA